AAUCAUCUUGGAAACUUGUCAAGUAAACGUAUAUACACUCAACAAUUCAUUCUCCAGAGUUUAUGGUUUAUGCAGCUUGAAAAGCUGUCUAUUGGCCAUCAUGAGUUCAUCCUCUCCAGUCAACUACUCUGUCACAGAAGAUAGAAACUUACAUAAUGAGGAAUUUGAGCUACUGCAGAAGAGCAAUAAAUCGGAAUUGGAUGCUGUUUUAGGUCUGAAAUGGAAACUUCUUCAAGCUAAAAAAGAAAAUUUGGACUUGGCUAUUCAACACAAUCAAGAAGUGUCCAACUAUGAAAAACAGAUAAUCAAAUUACGGUCAGAAUUUGAGAGAGGAGAGGCCAUUCGACAAGGUCUGGAGUAUGAAUUGGCAGUUGCCAGAAAAGGUGCCCAUCUGAAAAUGUGUAGUGCAGAGGAAGAAUUAAGUGAUGCAAAAAACAAACUUGUGGAACUGCAAGUACUCAAUGAAAACCUUCAGCAGAAAGUGACAGAGACUGAGGAAACAUUUCAUAAUGCUCAACAGAAGUGGGAAGAAGAACAGCAGAGACUUGCGAAGGCAAAGGAUGAUAUCAGCAGAAUUUAUAACAAUGAAUAUGUAUUCCUUCUUAAAGAAAGAAAUGGAGUAGAAACUAUUUUACUGGAGCUGAAUAAUGAACUGCAAAAUAUACGCAAGAAAUUAAAAAAUGUGGAGGUGGAACACAGUGGCUGUAAUGAGGUGCUGAAAUGCCAGGCCAAUGAACUUAAACGCAGCACUGAACGAGAGAAGAGACUUUUAAAAGAACUUGAAGCAGCUGCAGUGAAAGCAAAGAAACUGGAAGAAGACAUUGAAGCAGAGAGAGCAGCACAUUUAGCAUCCAAUUUCACUUCAGAGAUAAUCCAGUUAAGAAUUCGAGAACUUGAAGAAGCUGUGCGUGUGGAAAAGGACAGACGAGAAGAAGCUCUUUCAGAUUUAGAAAUGAUGAAGAAAGAGUUCAAAGGGUUAGAAUAUGCAUAUGAGAGAGAAAAACAAAAUGCCCAGGCGAACUUGGAAAAACUCAAUAUAUUAGAAAAAGAGUGUUUCUCCUCAAACAAUCAAAUGAAAGAAGUGAUUGAGGAGAAGAAGAAGGUAAUUAUGGACCUCUCUGCAAGACUAGGGAAUGCUGAAAAAAGCUGCAGUGAAUUACAGAGCGAACUUGCAAUGGCCAAGAAACACCAGGUCUUUCUAACAGAGACGUAUGAAAACAACAUGAGAGAGCUGGAGUUACUCUUGGACAGCUUUGCUAUGUCAGGCCAGCGGACAGCAGGCACUUGUGAGGACAAAGAUAAACCUCUGAGCUGCUCUGUCGUUGAGACUUUGAGGUGUACCUUGACAGCUUACCAGAACAAGCUGGAAGAUACGUCUAAUGAGCUUGAGAAAAUGAAGGCUUUGUGUAAAAAGACAACAAAAGAACUUGAGGUAUCUGAGGAGAAAAUGUGUGCUUUAAGACAAGACCUGAAGGAAGUUCAGGAUACCAUGGCUGAUACCAAGAAAGAGUUAAACUAUCUGCACACUAAGUGUGCAGACAGAGAGACCUUAAUAGAAACUUUAAAAAUGGAACUGCAGAAUGUACAGCAAUGCUGGGAGAAAGAGCAAGUACGUGCCACAGAAUCUGAAAAUGAAAUCCAGAAGCUUACCAGGGCUUACCAGAAGGAUAUGGAGGAGAAACUAACCUUCCUUCACAGCUUAUACCAGCAUUUGAUAGCAGGCUGUGUGCUAAUAAAACAACCAGAAGGCAUCCUAGAUAGAUUCUCUUGGCCUGAGCUUUGUGUAGUCUUGCAGGAGAAUGUUGAUGCCCUGAUCUCAGACCUCAACAGGGCUAAUGAGAAGAUAUCUCACCUGGAAUAUGUUUGUAAAAACAAGUCCAAUACUAUGAAGGAGCUUCAGCAGAGCCAGGAAGAUGCUUUUAACAAAAUGGCUGAACAAAUGAAAGCACAGGCAAGCUGUUGGCAGAAUGAAAAAAAGUAUCUGGAACAGCAGUACUCAGGUCUCCUUGGGGAAGUUCAUGCAAGGGCACAGGAGUACCAAGAAGCAGCAGAGAAAAAUAAGGAAAAAAUUUAUGUCCUUGAAAAAAGUCAAGAGAAAUUGGCUCUUGAAAACAUUUCUGUGAAAAAGAUGUUAACACAGUUUCAAAAGGAGCAUUCCUCCCUCCUGGCAGCCUGUGCACUACUGGCAGGGGCCCUGUAUCCUCUGUAUGGCAGACUGUGUGCUAUGUCUUCCCAAAGAGACCUUCUCCAGGAUCAGGCAAACAUUUAUGAAUUAGUGAACCAGAAGAUUAGGACCUUAGUUCUUGCUCUCUCUGAUGAUAAGGAAAACAAUCAGGAUGAAGCAAAACUAAAGAGAAGAAAAUCUCAGGGCCUGAUUUAUGUAUUCCGAAGAGCUGUGAUUGCAGUUUUGGCAGCCAACAGACUUAAGGUUUUAGCACAGUCUUCUAGUUCCCUCUUCACCUGGACAAAUGGCUUAAAAGAAGGCAUUGGAAUUCCUGUUUGUGUAGGAGAAUCCAAAGGCAAGCGUAAUCUGUUAAGUUGUGAAAAUGAAGAGCUUGACUGUGUGGAAGCACUCAGCUGGUUUGCUAGUUCCAACCUCCUUGCUGCAAUAAUCAGUUCUGUCACUGAAUUGCAGGAUGUUGUCAACAAACCAGGUACAAAGUCCUGGCUUUCUGGAAAGUUACUGUUAAAUGCAGCCAGGAAUUCAUUUUCAAAACUUAUGGACAAGCUGAGUGUUAUAAUGGAGACGGUUCCAUUAGACCACUGCAAAUGCAUUACUUAUCUGGAGAAAGACUCCUUGGUACAGAGCCUGGCUCAUGGACUCAAUAAAAUAAAUACCCAGGCCCUGGAAGAUGGAUUGUGUGACAGAGUAUCCAGUAUGAAAAACAUAGAAUCCUUGCAGAAGCAAAUAUUUGAAUUUACACAAAGACUACAUACAGCAGAAGUGGAGCGCCUCUCACUGCGCCUACAACUUGCAGAAUUCAAAUCAAAUUUCAGUGAGAUGAAAAAAGAAGCGGACAAAGCACAGAGGCUGCAAGAGCAAUUAAAUAUGCUUAAGCAAAAAUUAAUCACCCAUGAGAGGUUUGAAAGUGUAUGUGAAGAAUUAAAUAAUGCAUUACAUCGGGAGCAUCAGGCACAAUUGCUUUUGAAUGAACAAGCACAACAGCUACAGGAGUUAAAUAAUAAACUAGAAUUGCAAUCCAGUGAAGAAGCAGAUAGAACCCAAGUCUUAAGUGAAUCUGUAAAGAGUCUCUCCGAGGCAACGAUGGAGCUGAGAAGAAGAGAUCGAUUUCUGCGUCAGCAAAAUAGACUUCUUACCCAGCUGGAGCAGGACAAGCGUCGACUGAGCGAGAGCAUCCGCGAUGCAGAGAGUGCCCUCUGCACGGCAGCCAAAGAUAGAGAAUUGAUCAUUAGUCAUAUGAAAGCUGUAGAAGACGCUCUUCAUAAGGUCAGAGAUCAGGCCUUGCUGCUGUGUACUGCAGCAGCCACGAAUGACUUCACCCUGGAGCUACCCAAACUGCACCUGGAGACCUUUUCAGAGGAAGGGCUGAAGGGCAGGCCAGAGGCUGCAGCAUUUCAGGCUGUAAUUCAAAGUUUCAUGGAAGUCUACCAACUUGCAGUUUCCAGAGUUGAAAUAUUAGUGAGAGAAGCAGAAUCUUUUCAGCUUGACACUGCAGCUCUAAAGUCCAGGCUCCAAACAGCUAGUCUUCAUAAAAGGGACCUUACAAAUGAAGUGCUUUAUUGUGCAGUAUUCUUAAUGAAGUUCAAACAUCAGCGUGGCUCCAAGCUAGAAAUUCAGCCUGACCAGAGUUCUGUCCUAGACUUUUUGGCAUUGCAAGCUGAACUUGACACAUCCUACAGUGUUAUGCAAAACAGAGACAGUUCUCUGUCUUCAAUCUGUUUCUUCACCCUGGAUGUCACAUCCAAUCCCAGAAGAACAAUGGAAAAUGAAUUUUCAGAUUCUUAGUAUCAAUAA